AUGCCUUACCUCUACCGGACCUCAAGACUAAAGGAGCACCAAACUCCCAAGGAUGCCCGCAUUACUCACUCUUCAGGCCAGAGCUUUGAGCAGCUGAGGCAAGAAUCCCUACAGAAGGGCAUCUUGUUUGAGGAUGUAGACUUUCCAGCAAACAACUCCUCUCUUUUCUACAGCGAGAGACCCCAGAUCCCCUUCGUGUGGAAAAGGCCAUGGGAAAUAGUGAAAAACCCAGAAUUUAUUCUUGGACGGGCCACCAGAACUGAUAUCUGCCAAGGAGAACUUGGUGAUUGCUGGUUAUUGGCUGCCAUUGCUUCCCUUACACUUAAUGAAAAAGCUCUGGCUAGAGUUGUUCCUCAGGACCAAAGCUUUGGCCCUGGUUAUGCAGGAAUAUUCCAUUUCCAGUUCUGGCAAUACAAUGAGUGGUUGGAUGUGGUGAUUGAUGAUCGGCUGCCCACAUUCAAGGACCGUUUAAUUUUUCUCCACUCUGCUGAUCAAAACGAGUUCUGGAGCGCCUUGCUGGAAAAAGCCUAUGCCAAGUUAAAUGGGAGCUACGAGGCUCUGAAGUGGGGCAGCGCCAUUGAGGCAAUGGAAGACUUCACUGGGGGUGUGGCUGAGACCUUCACAACUAAAGAAAUUCCAGACAACUUCUACGAGAUACUAGAGAAGGCCUUGAAGAGGGGCUCCCUUGUGAGCUGUUCCAUCGAUGUAAACAGUGCUGCUGAAUCUGAAGCCAGGACACCUUUAGGUCUCAUUAAGGGUCAUGCCUACACUGUGACGGGAAUUGACCAGGUAAGUUUUCAAGGCCAUAGAACCAAACUCAUCAGAAUCCGGAACCCUUGGGGCCAGGUGGAAUGGAAUGGGUCUUGGAGUGACAGUUCUUAUGAGUGGCAUUCUGUUGAUCCGGUUGAGCAGAAGCGGCUAUGUCAUGCUGCUCUCGAUGAUGGGGAAUUCUGGAUGGCAUUGAAGGACUUCAAGAACCAUUUUGACAAAAUUGAGAUAUGCAACCUCACACCAGAUGCAUUGGAAGAAGAUGCCCUUCACAAGUGGGAGGUGACAGUCCACCAAGGAAGCUGGGUUCGGGGCUCCACAGCUGGAGGCUGCCGCAAUUUCCUGGAUACCUUUUGGACUAAUCCACAAAUAAAAUUGUCCCUGACUGAAAAAGAUGAGGGGCAUGAGGAGUGCUCUUAUCUCAUAGCCUUGAUGCAGAAAGAUCGAAGAAAACUCAAGAGAUUUGGUGCCAAUAUGCUGACCAUUGGCUAUGCCAUUUACAAGUGUCCAGGUAAAGAUGAACACCUAAACAAAGACUUUUUCAGAUACCAUGCUUCACAGGCCAGAAGCAAAACAUUCAUUAAUCUGAGAGAAGUUUCUGGGAGGUUUAAGCUACCCCCAGGGGAAUACAUACUGAUUCCCAGCACCUUUGAGCCUCAUCUGGAAGCUGAUUUCUGCCUGAGGGUCUUUUCAGAGAAGAAAGCCAUUACCCAGGACUUGGAUGAAAAUGUGGACAUUUACCUUACUGAGCCUCAGAAGCCAACUGCACCUGGAGAGGAGACAGAGGAGGAGCAGCAGUUUCGGGCCCUGUUCAAACAAACUGCUGGUGAGGAUUUGGAGGUGACAGCAGAAGAACUCCAGUGUGUUUUAAAUGCUGUGCUGCAAAAGAAGAAGGACAUCCAAUUCAAGAAACUAAGCCUGAUUUCCUGUAAAAACAUUAUUUCUCUGAUGGACACCAGUGGCAAUGGAAAGUUAGAGUUUGAUGAAUUCAAAGUGUUCUGGGACAAACUGAAGAAAUGGAUUAAUCUUUUCCUCCAAUUUGAUACUGACAAAUCGGGUACCAUGUCCUCCUAUGAGCUGCGGACCGCCCUGAACGCUGCAGGCUUCCAACUGAGCAGCCACCUUCUGCAGAUGAUUAUCCUCAGGUAUGUGGACCAAGAGCUCCAAAUGGGCUUUGAUGACUUCCUCAAUUGCAUGGUCCGGCUGGAGAAUGCAAGCAGGGUGUUCCAGUCUCUCAGCACCCAUAGCAAGGAAUUCAUUUAUCUCAACAUAAAUGAGUUUAUCAACUUGACAAUGAACAUUUGA